AUGGUGAAGGAAGCAUUUGGUGUGAGGGAAUUCGAUGUGGCCUUAAGAGGAAUUGCAACACAGUCUUCUUUAUACAACUAUUAUUAUGCUUCCUUUGCUAUUGAUGGCAACAAAGCAUCUGUCUUGAGUGCCUCCUCAUGUACACACACAAAUGUUGACUAUGGUGUGGAUUUGUUGGCGGUGUAUGACAUUAGCAAUGUAAUCAUCACUAACAGAGGAGACGCCUGUGCAGAUCGGAUAAAUGGUGCUGAGAUCCACAUUGGCAAUUCCUUAAUCAACAAUGGCAACAAUAACCCCAGUCUUAAUAAGACAUUAAAACAUUCCACUAAAAUUGCUCAUAAGGGUCGUUACGUGAAUGUGAUCAUUCCCAAUAUUGCUCAGUACCUCACGCUCUGUGAAGUGGAAGUCUAUGGGGUUCCAGUCUCUGUUUUUAAAAGGCUUUUCUGAGGAUAAAGUUUAACAGCAUUGAGGAUCUCAGCAACCAUACCAUGAGG